AUGGUAGUCGGGUUUUGGUUUCUCAAUCCUCUGCGGUCGGGUCCAGUGAGCCUGGUUUUGAAUUUUGUGCUGUUGACGGUUGUACGUUGUGAUUCGCCGCGUUUGGAAAGAGUGAAGGAGUGUUUUGUGUACAAUUGGGACGAGCGUGGUUUAGGAGGUGAGGGAGUAUGGCAAACCAAUGAGAUGUCGCCACGUGUUAUUUCUUGGAAACUUUGUAUUCCACUUUUUGGUUGUGUUUUUAAAUUCUGGACCAAGGGUCCCCUUAAGGCUAGUUGA